CUUCACGCCCUUCCCACCGGUACCGAGCGACCGGGCGCGCGCACCUCGGCCUUCGCGCCCCCUGUCCGGAGGCGGUAGCGGCGCUGACAGGGACAGGGACGGGAAGGGCGUUCGCCGUCGGGCUCGUCGCAUAUCGCACGACAUAGGAGAAACUCAUCAAUUUCAAAAUGUCAUCAGUCAAACGCUUGGUUUAUGCAGUCAUCCAUUUCUUGAGAGAGCAGAGUCAGAUGGAUACGUUCACUCCAGAUGAACAAGAAAGUCUGGAAGUUGCGAUUCAGUGUUUGGAGACUGUGUUUAAGAUUAGCCUGGAAGAUACUCAUCUUGCGCCUCCACAACAUUUGAUAGAAAUGUUCGCAAAUUCUUUUCACAAGAAUGACAUGCUGCCUCUCUCAGACUCUUUACCAGAGGAUGUUGAAAAGGCUGACCAACUGAAGGAUGAAGGUAAUAAUCAUAUGAAAGAAGAAAACUAUGGUGCUGCAGUGGAUUGUUAUACUAGGGCUAUAAAACUGGAUCCAAACAAUGCAGUCUAUUACUGCAACAGGGCUGCUGCACAAAGUAAGCUCAAUAACUACAGUGAAGCAAUAAAGGAUUGUGAGAGAGCCAUAGCAAUAGAUCCAAAGUACAGCAAAGCGUAUGGGAGAAUGGGGUUGGCUCUGACCUCAGUGAAUAAAUACGAAGAGGCAGUUACCAGUUACCAAAAAGCACUGGAUCUUGAUCCAGAGAAUGACUCUUACAAGUCAAACUUGAAAAUAGCAGAACAGAAACUAAGAGACAUGUCCAGUCCUACCGGAACUGGACUGAGUUUUGACAUGGCAAGCUUGAUAAACAAUCCUGCCUUCAUUAGUAUGGCAGCAAGCUUAAUGCAGAAUCCCCAAGUUCAACAACUGAUGUCGGGGAUGAUGUCAAAUGCCAUUGGUGGCCCUGCUGCCGGUGUUGGUGGCCUGUCGGAUUUGUCCAGCCUGAUCCAUGCGGGGCAGCAGUUUGCACAACAGAUACAGCAGCAGAAUCCAGAGCUCAUAGAGCAACUGAGAAAUCACGUCCGGAGCAGAUCUUUCAGUGGCAGUACUGAAGAGCAUUCCUGACUUAAAGGAGGCAUGUGAACUGGAAUGGUAUAUAACCCCAAAAUGCGUACCAUAGUUAGUAGCAAAAGCACCAUUGUAACUCUUCUGCUUGAAUAGAAGACAGAAAAUUCUUUGUGUGUGUUUGCAAACAAGAAUAAAUCUGUUAAACAGAUCUAUUGCACAUAACUUGGAACAUAUCAUUUAUGUAUAGUUACUCCUCUGAAAAUUAAUACACUAAAUAGGUGGUUUAUUAAAAUCCCUAAGUACAAGUCAUUUUCGGUAUGUGCAUUAGAUUGAUCUCCAGGGCUAUGGAGUGGGGAGGAGUUUUGUAGUGGGCUGAUCUUGCAUAACAGUGUAAUUCCAAAAUCCUAGUAUAAAAGGCAGGUUAUUCUGAUGGUGAAAAUCAUUAUGGCUGUACUGCCUGUCAAAUACUGAAAGAAUAGGCCCAUCUGAUGUGCCCUUUUGUGGGCUGACACGAAUCUCCAACUUUUGAGUGUUGGAGUGUAGAGUGUACUUAAAAACUAAUGCUUGAAGUCUGUUUCUUUAAGCCUAUGGAAGGGCUGUCAUUAGAAACAUGAACUGUUUUUCAACUUCAUUGAGCAGGAGGUAGGGAGAUGAUUGCAUAUGAAGGAGUACCACAAAUUGUAAAGAAAGAGAAGACACUAAUCCUGAGUAGGAUAAUACACAGAAACCAAAAUGGAACCUGGCUUCGAAAAGGAAAGAGUAUUAACAAGUUUUAGGCUUUUCUACUGCCAUGCAUACCCUCAAAUCAUGAUGGUAGCCCUGGAGGUCAGCAUUAUGGCACUAUUUUCCUAGGCAUGGCAAACUGUAUUACAUUCCGUGUGUAUGCAGUAUUUAACAUACGCUUAAAAUUCUUAACUGUAAUAAGCUAAAACUGAUCCUGUGACUGUACAAAUAACGAGUACUGAAACUUUAUUAAAAAAUAACUGCCUUAGAAAGAAGGAUUCUCUUCCUAUUCCUGUGUGGUAAAUCACUGACUUAAAUAAUUAAGGAAUUACUUUUAAGUUCCAUUACACAUAUCUAUCCUAACUGAUGGUUAUAUGGCCAAGUCAAAGAUUUUUAUGCUCGAUAGUAUUUCUCUUCCUACCCUGGCUUUUCUUGCUCAGUUAAUCUUACUCUUUCAGAGAGCACUGCUUUUCUGUAUUUUUAUUACACUAACUUUUUUUAUUCUGCUUACUGUUCACACUGCUUGCUGAUACAAGGUACAUUUGUUUUUACUCCAGGGAGGUUCUUAACACUCACGCUUUCCUUUUUGUAUAUCAAAACUAAGUUGAGGAGCCUGCUUUGAUUCCUAGGAGAAAGUGACCUCUGCUGGCCAGUCAGACUGGAGAAGGUAGGUGAAGGAGUAACAAAGGUGAAGGACUCCCAAAUGGAGAAAUACACAGGAACUCCUAGACCUCAGACAUUAGUCUUGUGGUCACCUCAAGUAGAAGCAAAUGCAAAAUUUGGGGCUAAGCCAUGUACUUGACUCUAACAAAUGCUAGUUGUGCAUCUAUUGUAUGAGUCUUCCUCUACUAAAAUGGGGAAAAAUACAUCUGGAUCCAAGGAGAACGGAAAAGAAUUGGAGAAAAUACCACAACAGGAAAUCUAUAUUACCAUCUGUUGAAUAAAGAGGUAAAGCUUAAUAGAGCAACUUAAACAACUUUAAAACACUUCAUACUUCAUUCAAUAGAGCUUGCCUAUAUGCAGCAUUGAAAUACUUCUUAAAAUUCUUUAUGUAAGUUGCUGUAGCUGCCUUUUUGAGGCUGUAGAUGUACUUAAGUUUUACAUUAAAUAAACAUUUCUACGUAACAGCUUCUGACUUAACAUCUGAUGACAAAGAAAAUCCCUAACAGGAUCUUUUUUCAGUGGUAGUUCAGAUCCUGAAUCUGAUCCAUUGAAGAAAACGGCUACUUAAGUUUAGUUACAUUUAAUAGGACAGGGUAUUAUUUGCAAGAAGGAUUGGUGGAAGCUGUAGGUGGGCUACAACUACUGUACAAACAUUGCUUGGAGUAGUAUGUUGUGUCAUCAGAGAAGCAUUGCUCCUAGCAUAUCUCCUGUUAAACUUCACAAUUCCUCUUAGUUCUCUUCUUCACAUUUUCAACUGCUCAGCGACUUUUACUAACUUUGAUAAGGGGAACCAACAAAUCCAGAGUGGACUGGACGGCACUGCAGUACCUCUCGUGCUCAAUUUAUCCUUACUUUGUGACAGCUAUCAUCAUGCUGUCAGUUACCUUUCUACCAUGACACUACUUUAAGACAGAAAGAGUGUCAAGAACCUCUUGAGAGUUCCUUAAGAACUACAAGAUACAAUAAUAUUCAAAGACUGCCUGUAGAAGUUGUACUGUCAAGUACAAGCCCUAUGGCUUACCCGAUGUACAGGACAACUAUCCCCAUGGUUAAAUGGAAUGAAGCAUUGGUUAGUUAUCUGAAAACUGCUCUUGAAAUCAUCUUUAUAGAGUGGUAACUUUCAUUUCACAUACUACAGUAUUGUCUUGUUUAGGUUUUACUCCAGUACAGAUAGUAUGUAACCAGAGUAUUUCUUAAAAUGUUGAUGGCAUUGUCUAACCCUGCCGUGCUACAACUGGCACAAUACUUCAGUUGUAAACAUUCUUUGUUUCUUGUGUAUUAACAGAAAGGGCUUUAUAGCCUAAAUAAAAAACAGUGAAACCCAUAACAGGAGCUGUCAUUACAUGCUUUUCUACUGAAACCAGGAACAGAGGGAUCAUUUAUGCCUAAGUCUAUUUUGCCUUGAAUAGGCUAGAUUGUUUCACAGGGUCAUGCAAUAUGUCUUAAUCACAGGGUGAAGAAGGAACCUUCUCCUGUGUAAUAAUUGCACUUUUUUUUUUUUUUUUUGCACUAAAAUUUUCCAUCUUGCUAGAUCCAAGUGGUAAACCACACUCCCCAUAAAUACUGCUUUAGUUUAAAGCCAACUGCAGUUUAUCAUUCAACUGAGCAAAUAUGCAUUUAACACUUAAUUGGUUUUGGAUCAGUACUGUUCCAUCAGCAUAUAAGUGUGAUAAUUGUUAGAGAAGAAAAUGUUUUGCACUCAAAUUGUAAACUCCUGUAACAUGCUUGCAUGGAAUUAUAUUCUUCUAACUAUGCCUGAUCAUAAAGACACUGUUAAGCUUAGGAACUGUUUCAGUUGCACUUUUGGUUUUGUAAAAAGUACAAAGUAAAAUCACUCUUGCAUACUGAGGAAGAACUAAGUCUGCAGGUUUGGAUUUGUACUCUGUUUCAGGGCUACAAAAAGUCAUACUGGCACGAUGCAACUUGUCUGCCAUUUCUAUGUCUCUCCUACCUCUUAUUACCAUAUGGUUACAUCUCCUUUAACUUGUGUCAGUUUAACUUGAAAAUAGAUUAUAAAUAAAGUUAUUUACAUUUUAUUGUCUGGA